ACCCGGUUGAGCCGCAAUGGAGAUGUUUUCUUCCCGUGAUAGUCCGGUGCCUAGCAGGUGAUUAGCACAGUGAAGCUCCUCCUCUGCCUGCUACGUUAGAGACAAACCUGGACAACUGCACAUUAAGACAAGGGAUUUUGCAGGACAGAAACUAUCAAGAUGGAUACCUCAAAACUUCCUAAGAUCCAGGAUGAGGAGCGAGAAAGCCAGUUUGGAUACGUACAUGGAGUUUCUGGACCAGUGGUGACAGCUACUGCGAUGGCAGGAGCAGCCAUGUACGAGCUGGUUCGUGUAGGUCACAGUGAGCUGGUGGGAGAAAUCAUCCGUUUAGAGGGCGACAUGGCAACUAUCCAAGUCUACGAGGAGACUUCUGGUGUGUCAGUCGGUGAUCCUGUCCUUCGGACAGGGAAACCCCUCUCUGUAGAGCUGGGACCAGGAAUCAUGGGCUCCAUCUUCGACGGUAUCCAGCGUCCACUAAAAGACAUCAAUGACCUCACUCAAAGCAUAUACAUCCCAAGAGGAGUAAACAUCAGUGCUCUUAACAGAGACAUCAAAUGGGAAUUUACCCCCGGCCAGAGUCUUCGGGUUGGCAGUCACGUGACAGGCGGUGACAUCUACGGCAAUGUGUUUGAAAACUCCUUAAUCAAGCACAAGCUGAUGCUUCCACCUCGCAACAGAGGCACUGUCACCUACCUGGCCCCGCCUGGAAACUAUGACAUUUCUGAUGUGGUUCUGGAGCUCGAAUUUGAAGGCGUAAAAGAGAAGUUCACCAUGGUGCAGGUUUGGCCAGUAAGACAAAUCCGCCCAGUCACAGAGAAGCUACCUGCUAAUCAUCCGCUGCUGACUGGUCAGAGAGUUCUGGACGCACUUUUCCCUUGUGUGCAGGGGGGCACCACAGCUAUACCAGGUGCCUUUGGAUGUGGAAAGACUGUGAUCUCGCAGUCCUUGUCCAAGUACUCCAACAGCGACGUGAUUAUUUACGUGGGCUGCGGCGAGCGUGGAAAUGAAAUGUCUGAGGUGCUGCGGGAUUUCCCCGAGCUUACUAUGGAGGUUGAUGGCAAGGUGGAAAGCAUCAUGAAGAGAACCGCGCUAGUUGCUAAUACAUCCAACAUGCCUGUGGCUGCCAGAGAGGCCUCAAUUUAUACAGGUAUCACACUGUCCGAAUACUUCAGAGAUAUGGGCUAUCAUGUGAGCAUGAUGGCCGACUCGACAUCUCGAUGGGCCGAAGCUCUGAGAGAAAUCUCUGGAAGAUUAGCCGAAAUGCCUGCUGACAGUGGGUAUCCUGCUUACCUGGGCGCCAGGCUCGCCUCCUUCUAUGAACGCGCCGGACGUGUGAAGUGCCUGGGAAAUCCAGAGAGAGAAGGCAGCGUUAGCAUCGUAGGAGCUGUGUCCCCCCCUGGUGGAGAUUUCUCAGACCCUGUCACUUCAGCCACACUGGGAAUUGUUCAGGUGUUCUGGGGAUUGGACAAGAAGCUGGCUCAGAGAAAGCACUUCCCUUCUGUAAACUGGCUGAUUAGCUACAGCAAGUACACACGUGCUCUGGAUGAAUAUUACGACAAACAUUUCCCCGAGUUUGUUCCUCUCCGCACUAAAGCCAAGGAGAUUCUGCAGGAGGAGGAGGACCUGGCUGAAAUUGUACAGCUUGUAGGCAAGGCUUCUCUUGCUGAGUCUGAUAAAAUCACUCUAGAGGUUGCAAAGCUCCUUAAGGAUGACUUCCUGCAGCAGAACGGUUAUACGCCCUACGACAGGUUCUGCCCCUUCUACAAAACUGUUGGCAUCCUCUCAAACAUGAUUUCUUUCUACGACAUGGCCCGACACGCCGUGGAGUCCACAGCGCAGAGUGACAACAAAAUCACUUGGGCCAUGAUCAAGGAGCACAUGGGAGAGACCCUGUACAAAAUGAGCUCCAUGAAGUUCAAGGACCCUGUUAAGGAUGGUGAAGCUAAGAUCAAAGCAGAGUUCGCACAGCUGCUGGAGGACAUGCAGAACUCCUUCCGGACCCUGGAGGAAUGAGAUUUCUUCCCCCCUCAGUUCCUCUCCCAAACAUCCAAACCCCCCAGUGCAGUGCAACAUAGUGCAGAUUAAAUGGCCCCUGUUCUGAAUGUCUGCCUCAAUCAUUUGAACUCCUUUUAAUUCCUCUGUUUACGUCCCCUUAAACAUUCCAUGAGCUGCACAAAUGUCCAUUUAGUUUUGUUGAUUUUUGACUCGUCUGCUGCAAAAGAAACACAGUACUGGAAUCCCAUAAGACACCUGAAGAUAUGGUUUGCUCUGCGGAUGUAGCAACACCUUCACUCAGCCCAUUACGUAGCACUUAUAGAUCACUACACCCUCAUGCUGUGGUUACAAUCAGUGGGCCAUAUCAGGUGCUGUACUUGCACUUAACUAAUAGCUGCAACAAAGAGUGGAACGCUUCUUUUCCCCCAGAUGUGACAGUGAUCAAUGCCGAUUAUUAAUGAAAUGGGAUCAUGCACAUGGGUAAAGGGACAGAAGCACUGUGUUAUUGUAUAUCAGGGGGUUAAAGGCAUUCUUCCAUCUCUUACCUCUUCAGUGUGAUGUUGUGGACUAUAUACUUGAUAUUAUAUGUAAAAAUGUGAAUGAAUGAGUCGGUUAGUGUUGUGUUGUAACAGAUGUCUCACUAUUAUAUUCACGGUAUGUUACGGUGUCCUGAAAUAAAUGUUCAAAAAAACAAA